ACUCCGUAGCGAGUUCGACAGAGCGGAUUUUCCGGACGGAUUGAAACGAGGGAUAGAGAGAAAGAGAGAGAGGGAGAAAGAAAGAGAGCGAGCGAGAGAGAGAUAGAGAGAGGCUGAGCGAGAGAGAGAAGGGGAGAAGAAAAAAACGACUGGGAGAGGAGCGGAGAAUGUGACAACUGCAGAGUGUGUGUGCUACUGCGUUCGGGAGGCCGAGCUCGCACCUGUCUCGCUCCGUCUCGGCGGCAGUUGUUGGACUCUUUCUCGGCUGGCUCGCGGAGGCGGGCGUGUAUAAUUCAGAGCGAGCCGAGCUGUACACACGGACACACACACACACACACACACACGGGGGAACAUGACUUCAUCCUACAAUCUGGAUUUUCUGCCCGAUAUGAUGGUCGAAAGCCGCUUGCUGGUGUCGGGGGACCGGAUUAACGGCACGGCUGGGAAGAUGAACGGGGCGCUGGAGCACUCGGACCAGCCCGACCCGGACGCCAUCAAGAUGUUCGUGGGCCAGAUCCCGCGCUCCUGGACGGAGAAGGAGCUCAAGGAGCUGUUUGAGCCCUACGGAGCCGUCUACCAGAUCAACAUCCUGAGGGACCGCAGCCAGAACCCUCCACAGAGCAAAGGGUGCUGUUUUGUCACGUUUUACACAAGAAAAGCUGCCCUGGAGGCCCAGAAUGCACUGCACAACAUAAAGACCUUAACCGGGAUGCACCAUCCUAUUCAGAUGAAGCCUGCAGACAGUGAGAAAUCAAAUGCUGUGGAGGACAGGAAGUUGUUCAUCGGCAUGGUGUCGAAAAAGUGCAACGAGAACGACGUGAGGGUCAUGUUCUCCGCCUUCGGACAGAUCGAGGAGUGCCGGAUCCUGCGCGGACCCGACGGGCUCAGCAGAGGCUGUGCGUUUGUCACGUUUUCAACCAGAGCCAUGGCACAGAAUGCAAUCAAAGCCAUGCAUCAGUCCCAAACCAUGGAGGGUUGCUCCUCUCCGAUCGUGGUCAAGUUCGCCGACACCCAGAAGGACAAGGAGCAGCGGCGGCUCCAGCAGCAGCUGGCCCAGCAGAUGCAGCAGCUUAACUCCGCCUCCGCCUGGGGCAGCCUGACGGGAUUGGGCGGCCUCACCCCGCAGUAUCUGGCAGUAAGGGGACACGCCCACCACUCGGCCACGCCCACCCAGCCCAGCGCAGCCAACGCAGCGGCAGCCGCACUCCUCCAGCAGGCCACAUCCUCCAGCAGCUUGGGAGCAUUUAGUGGGAUCCAGCAGAUGGCAGCAGCUGGUACCACGGCUACAUCCGGUGCAGGGGCCAUGGGCUCCCUGGGCUCCCUGGGUACACUGCAGGGCCUCGCUGGGGCCACCGUGGGCCUCAACAACAUCAACGCACUAGCAGGUAGUGUCAACAUUGCUCAAAUGCUCUCAGGUAUGGCGGCGCUCAACGGCGGACUGGGCACGGGACUGACCAACGGCUCGGCCGGACCCAUGGACGCGCUCACGCAGGCUUACUCAGGGAUCCAGCAGUAUGCCGCCGCCGCACUGCCCACCCUCUAUAGCCAGUCGCUGCUGCAGCAGCAGAGUGCAGCCGGCAGUCAGAAAGAGGGUGUGUAUUCGGGAUUUCGGUAUAUACCCUGGCUUCAGCAGCAGAACACCGACGACAGCCAGAAAGAAGGUCCUGAAGGUGCCAACCUGUUCAUCUAUCACCUCCCCCAGGAGUUCGGGGACCAGGACAUCCUGCAGAUGUUUAUGCCUUUCGGGAACGUAGUCUCCGCCAAAGUCUUCAUCGACAAACAAACCAAUCUGAGCAAGUGCUUCGGCUUCGUGAGCUAUGACAACCCUGUGUCGGCCCAGGCAGCCAUCCAGGCCAUGAACGGCUUCCAGAUCGGCAUGAAGCGCCUCAAAGUGCAGCUCAAGCGCUCCAAGAACGACAGCAAACCGUACUGAUGGCUAGAGCUAGGGCUAAGGCUGUCUGUUAGCACUGCUAGGACUCAUCAACUCCAUGCCCGUUAGCACUUCUGCGUUAGCAUGUCUUCGUGGCCCUCCUCCGUCAUUGUUUCUGAUGUCUUUCUGAGUUCCACCUGAUCAUAACCUGGUCUUCUUCUGCUGACCUUUCAACUUUGAACCUUAGCUUGACCUUUUUUGGGGGAAAAAACAAAAAUAUAUUAUAUAUACACAAACACACCGUUUUUUUUUGCAUGUGACCUCAUUUAGGCUUCUUGUCGUUGUUUCCUUUCUUUCUUUUGUGUCAUUUUUUUAAAAGUAUGAAUUGGAGGGAAGUGGGGGGAGUGGAUUUGGGAGGAUAAAUGAAUUAAUCAAUGUGAAAAACAAAUGUCUAGCUGCAUUCUCACGAAAGACUGACUGCUUCUACGACGAGUACAUUAUACCACAUACAAAAGUGAUUACAAAUGACUAAAAGCAGAUCCUGUGGCAACACAAUUUCAGAUUGUUUUCUUUCUUUCCAUUUUAUUUUGUGUGAUUUACAUUUUUUUAAAAAUCAUCUUCAGUUUCAUAAUUUUCUUGUUAGCAGUUUUAUUUUUCUCAUUUUAUUUUAUACAUUUUUUUUUUCUCAUUUCUUAUGCUUAAAGUAAACUUGAACGUUUUAAUACAGAGGUUUGGCAGGGGUCUCCACCCCCAGUCUCACCCCUGCAAAAACAUACGAGACUGGGUCACCUAUGCCCAUUCCUAUGGAAACUAGACUACUUCCAAGCAUUUUCGUUUUCUUUUUUUUUAAGCUGAAAGGGUUUGGGGUUACUGUCUAACAGAUGUGUUUUCUCUCGAUUCUCCGGCCCUCUCCAGGAGUCUCGCUCAUGGUUUCCUACAUUUUUCAGGCAGUGUAAAGUUUUUUGAUAAGUAAGGAGGCCAUUUUACAUGGCUUGGUUUUCUCAUUUUAAACAAGUGGGAAAACAAAAACAAAAGUUAUAUAUAGAACCACUUUUUUCUAGAGUAGAGGAAUACAAAAGGUUAUUAAAAUGAAAAAAAAAACAUGUUAAAAAAGACUCACCCUGUUUCGGGUAGGGGUGUAUGCUACCUACGUACGUAUGUCACCUUUUUUGCUGACCUGACCUACAGUUGGACAAUCCAUGGUUAAAAUGCACACGAAAUGACCUAUAUUUUAUACUACUCAGAUGUACAGAGGUUACAAAAAAAAACAGGAGAGAAAGAGAGUGAUGAAGAAAGGAGAUGAAGAAGAUGAAAAUAAGUAAAUAAAUACAUUUUAGAAGAAAAAAAACAAAGUUUGUGUUAACCCACGUUAGCGUCCGGUGCUUCACGUGAAUCCAGUCGUGAUGUCAUCACUCAGUCUUACAGUCUGUAAAUGUCUAAUGUUUUUUGGAAAGAGAAGACUAACAAAAAAUCAGCUUACUUGAACAAUAGACAAAGCCUUUCAUAAUACUAAUUAUUAUGAUUAUUAUUAUUACAAUUAUUAUUAUUAUGAUUAUUACUGCCUCUACUGCAGUAUAAUUGUUCUUUUUUUAAGUCCCUAUUUGCUAAAAGUUUUCUCGUUGAGUCAUAAAUUAGCUACAUAAAAAUUUUGAGAAAAUAUACAUUAUAUUAUAAACAAUGUCAGCUUGUGAAUCAUCAGUGUAUGUAUGAUCUGAUCUUGUUUGAUUAUUUUAUUUCUAUUUUCUUUGUUUGUUUUUUGAUUCUAUUGUUAGGAAACAAUAUUUAGGAGUGCUUUUUUGUUGUUCGGCAAAAGAAAUGUGACUUAAAUGUUUUUGAUUACUUGUUUAUUUUUGUUUUAUUUUCUUGUUUUCGAAAAAGAAGUCUUGAGUGGAGUUGUUCGUGCCAAACUCUGAAGGUACAGUACUUCUUGCCUGGAGCCUCUGUUCUGUAAUAAUCGUGAAAUUAUUUGAUAACAUGGGUAUUUCAUUGCCUUUGUGCUUUCUAUGGAUCCCACAUAUUUAAUGACAUGGAUCUGAAAAAAAUACAAAAAAAUUAUGGUUGUUAACUUGCUAUUCUGUGGUCUUGUUGCCUGAAAAAAUGUCAUGUUAAUUGCUUUAUUUGCCGUCGUUUGUUUCUCGCUUUUGUGUAAAGAUGUAUAAAGUGCCCAUGUGUCAUACGUUCUGAACAUGCUCGACAGCAGAUACUUUCACACACACACAUACACACACUUACAAACGCACACACACACACGCGCGCGCAGACAAAAAAAAGCAGACCUCACAGCUCUUGUUUCUGAUGAUAGGUAUGGGAGACCCAUAAGGUGAGAGUCUCAGCAGUGGCCAUUCAACACACACAUGCACACACACGCACAUGCACAGACAAAGGAAAAGCUACUGAUAUUACACAUGCACACAUACACAUUCCAUCACAGACCAAUGUUUCUGACUCACAUACACACACACUUGCACAAGUUCAGUGAUCACACAAUGUCCAUUUUGUAGUGUCUCUGUAUUCACAUACAAGCCUUAUAUAGACGAUUUAGAGGCCUGCCGUGUUUUGUCUACCCAUUCUCCAAUUCUGAAAACACACACACACACACACACACACACAAACAAAUUUAUAUAACCAUGUGCACAUAUCAAGAGACUAGUUAUGUACAAGCAGGGUUUUUUCAUUGUGAUGCAGAACAGUUUGAUGAAAGAUAACCUUCAGUUGUCAGUUUAAAGUAGCUGUCAAUCAUGUCCUCCGGACCUCCCCCCUGUUGUGCUAAAGACAACCAAAUGCUCCCCGGAAUGCCAAAGGGGCUUGGAGAUGAGACUCGCUUAACGUCAACAAAGUUUACACGACGCUGAGACGUCUGUUGUUAAGAGAUCUCAGUUGUGGUCCCCACAAACCCUAUUAUGAAACACACACACACACACACACACACACACACACAUACACACACACACACACACACACACACUGUGUGCUUGAGGUCCCAUGUGGAAUCAACUACUAGCUAGUCCCUUGGAAUUAACAACGAGAAACUGUUUACACCCAAAAACUACUUUGCACUUGGCCCUCACAGAAUCCUGUUUACAGCAGAGGAAGCCACCUGCCAUAGCCUUAACGUAUGCCUCUACCAGUGUUACAGGGCUAGAAUGUGUGUGAAUGUGUGUGUGUGUGUGUGUGUGUGUGUGUGUGUGUGUGUGUGUGUGUGUGUGUGUGUGUGUGUGUGUGUGUGUGUGUGUUUGUUUGUGUGCGUGUGUGUGUGUCUGUGUGUGAGAGAGAGUGAGUGUGUGUGUGUGUGUGAGUGUGUAUGUGAAUUGUCCUUACGCAAGUCCAUGAAGAAAAAAAAACAACAUCUUUUGCCAAAAUACUUCACCUAAUCGUCCUUGUAAGUUCUUACAAUGCCAAACUUUUACUAAAACAUGUCUUUUGUGACUGGAGGCUCAGUUCCAUGUGUAACCAUUACAGUAUUGAAGCACAUUAGUAAACACUGCACAAUUUUGCUGAUACUGCCAACAUAGGACCUAACACACUCACUCUCUCUCACGCACACACGCACACUCCUAAACAUGUCUAAUAUAACGUUGUGUUGAUGUGUAUGUCUGUUAUUUUGCUUCUGUCUCUGUGUUACUCUGGGAACAUACUUACUGAAGAAAAUAAAGAUACGCAGGGUACACACAUGCACACACACACACACACACACACACACACACACACACACACUUCACUCCCUCCUGCUGAUAGACCAUCUCAGUUGUUCUGCACCUUAAUUCUUACACACACAAACACACACACACACACACACUUUGCAUUACUUCAUAAAGCACACACAUUGACAAGUCUCGUCAAUGUAAAAAUCUAUUAGUAUAGAGCUAUGCGUUGUCACAAUAUUUUUCAGAAAGCACACACACAUAUAUGCACGAGUGUGUGCACUUGCGUACUAACACACUCACACACACAGAAUCUAAGCACUGACACACAGAGUCCUCACAGACUAGUCACAUACAUACACACGCAUAAAAUCUAUGUAAAGCACUGACACACACAGGGUCUUCACAGGCGACACACACACAUACAAACAGGGUCUUCAAAGGUGACACACACACACACACACACACACACACACACACACACACACACACACACACAGGGUCUUCACAGGCUGAUCUGCUGAGACUCCUUCCUCAGGGUGAUCUCUGUGUACCUCCUCCUGUUCUUUCGUUCUUUCGUUCUAUCUCUGUUCUGUUGUUUUUACUCCUUUCUUGCUUUCUCUUAAGUGCUAUUUAACACCAGUGAUAUUUUAAAAAGAUGAAAAAAAACGUAUGUAGUUUAUUUGCAUUUUGGCCUAUUAUGUCAAGUGUUUUUUGGGGAAAAAAAUGUAUGUGUGUUAUAUUCUCUAAUGUGCCGUACAGAAAGCGUGUGUUGUCUGUAGAUUAAUAUUAUAAUUUUUUUUUUCUGUUUGUUUUGAUUCUUUCAAAAAAUACAACAGUAUUUGACUAGUUUUCAGUAUUGGUCUUGAGAUGAGCCAAAGUCAAUGCAUUUCAGUGGGGUUAUGUAAGCGUGAUCUAUGUUUGUUUGACAACACUUGGAAAAAAAAAUCUGUCGUCAAAUGGGAUUAAAAAAAAAGGUUUAAAAAUAUAUUAUAUUAAGCAGGCUAUUUACUAUUUCUAUUACUGAUUGUACUUAUGCAUUUUGUACCAGUGGAAUUUUUUAUACUGGCUAUUAAAAGAUUAAAAAAUAUAUAUAUCGGAAAAAGGAGUCUAGCCUCCGAUCGAGGCUUGACCCAGACUGCGUCCCGAGUUUUGAUUUCCCCGUUGGCAUCUGGAACGUUGGGUUUUGAUAUAAAGAAUUUUCUAGAAGAACUUUGGCUUGGUAUCUUAAACCCUUCUCCUUUUGUUGGUUUCGUUUUUCACUUCUGUGGCUUUUGUUCGUUUUUUUCCCUUCCUUUCUUUCGUUCUUCUCACUCAUGUUAGAACGGGGGUGUGGAAUGUUGCUUUUACUUUGGCUUAUAAAUAGUUCGAGCGUUUGGCUUUUUUUUUUUUUUGUCUUUUACGGAAAAAAAAGGUCUUUACAAAAAGAAAAACAAAAAAAACAGCGGUAAGUUUCAUUUUAAUUCUGUAUCGUGCCGUCUACAUGAUAAGACAAUUUAGGAUAGAAGUAUUUAGUCGCCUUCAGUGGAUACAUGUAUUAGUUUAAUAACAAGGUAAACUAAUUAGACUUUUUGCUUUUAGCUGGUUUCUCUGUCUCUCGAUGUGAACUUACCUGUGUUAGCUGAGCAGUCAGACUUAUUUUUGUAAACGUAUGUUCUUGUGUGAUGCAGUUUGCUUCUGUCUCCGAAAUUAAAUCAUUUUUCCUAA